CGUGGCGAUUGACAAUACACGGCCAAUACAACGUAGGCAGUCGGCAAGUGCGCACUACUGAUCAUAAUUUUGCAUUUUUUUACACUUGUGUCAGUGCCUUUAAGAUCUAACGCUACAGGACCUGAAUUUUCAAGAUGAAGGUCCUAUUAUUAUGCCUGGCAUUUGCUGCUGUGAGUUUGGCAAUGCCUGUGGCUGAAGAAAGCCCAAAGGCCCCCGCAGUAGUUGCUGAUCCUAAAGUCGAUGAUGCGCAAGUUAAAGCUGCAGCACCUGCUGUAGAAGAAUCGAAAAAGGAAACAGAAGUGAAGAAAGAUGAACCAAAAGAACCAGAGGCUCCAGCAAAGAGUGCUGUAGUAGAACCAAAGAAAGAAGAGCCAAAAUUAGAUAUUGUCCCCGAGAAACCAGCCGAAAAAGCUCCAGAAGGCAAAUCUGCAGUUGCUGAUGUUAAACCCGAAGCCGAAGCUGAAAAACCUAAGCCUGAAGAAAAACGAGAAGAACCUGAAAAGAAAUCAGCUGAUGAGACUCCUGCUGUGGUCAAAGAAGUAAAGAAAGACGCGGAACCUAAACCUGAAAAUAUUGAUGUUGUAAGUGCGGCAAAUUCAAACGCUGCCAUUGCUGAUGAAGUUAUGGAUCCCGCUUCUAUCAUUCCAACACCAGAAAAGAAAAUAGAUUUGCCUGUCGCAAAAAGUGUGGACCCUGUUGCUGUUUCUUCAGAAAAGAAAGAAGAAAUCCCAGCACCUAGCCAGCCCGAAAAAGAAAAGAAAGCCGAGGUUAAGACAGAUAAACCUGCAGAGUCUCCCGUAGUACCAGAAGCACCUGCACAACCAAAGUCCGCCGACGCUGCAGUAGACGCUGACAGCCUGCGAGUUAUUCGUGACACAGUCGAUGACAAACCCAAAGCAGAGGAGCCUAAGAAGGAAGCAGAAAAGAAAGAAUCCGAAAAUAAGGAAGUUGAAAAGAAGGAAAAAUCCGAUGCACCUAAAGACGCUGCAAAGCCAGAAGUUAAAUCAGACGAGCCAUCAAAGGAGACUCAACUUAGUGAUCCAGUUCCCAGUGAAAAAUCCGCCGCUGUUCCCAGUGACAAGCCAGAGGCUAAGGCCAGCGAGGUCGCCGCCAAAGUAGAGGAGCCUGCAAAGGACGCUCCUGCCAAAGAGUCAGCAGUACAGGCGGACGCGCCUAAGCCCGAGGCGAAGCCCGAAGACAAAGAUAAGCCCCGUGAAUCCAAAGAAAGUUCAGAGGAGAGCAGUGACGAGAGUAACUCUUCGGAGAGUUCAGAGUCUACGGACAAGAAGGAUAGCGAGCCUGCUCCUAAGUCUUAGAUAUGUAAGACUGGGGCGCGGAGCGGCGGGCCUGUGUCGAUGGUCCUCGACACGCGCCCGCCGCGCGCAUUCCGCCCGCGCCUUCUAGUGUAUGUGAUUCUUCGUGAGUGUGCGAUGGGAGUCGCCAGGGCGUCUUCCCGGUUCCCUAGAAUACCUAGAGACUUAACAGAUAGCGAAUCGAAAAUUACCUGCGUUGUAAUUAUUAUUUCUCAAAGUAAAUUAUCGAAUUUCCGUUAGGUAUAUGCUAUAAGUAAUAAAAUAUGUUUUUUAAAAA